GUUACGAAAAUAUUUAAGAGGUUUCCCACCAGUGUAGGGUAAAGAAGAAAAGAUGAGCAGUAAGGAUUUGUGGAUACGCGACGUGAUUACAAGUUAUGGAUCGUUAAUGCUUAUUUUUGUUACCAUGGUGAUCUUAAUGUUGCGAAAAUGGCCAAAUUUGAGACAGUACGUUUACAAGGUUCACUUAACCGGAUUCGAAGUGGAGUGUGCGGAACUCUUGGUACCUUAUAAGAAGCAUUUAUUCAAAUCGUUACAGUACGUUGUUUCGAGCGACAAAGUAUUACGAUCCAUGGGUUGCAUACGUCUGCUUGAGAUUGGCGUUAAAACGGGUGAAAAUAUACAAUUUUACUCGGACAGUACGCACUUGAUCGGAGUUGACCGAAAUCUAAAACUACCUGAAUACUUGAUAAACGGGAAUCGUUCUUGGCAAUUCUCGCAUAUCAUCAUCGAACGUCUGAUAGUUGGCGAUGGUAGCUGUUUGAAAGAGGUACCCACUGGAUAUGUAGACGUAGUUGUGACAACGAGAUCGUUAUGCUCGGUGAAAUCGCUGCAGUCGACGCUUCGAGAGAUCCACAGGGUAUUAACACCGGGUGGUCAGUAUUUAUUUAUAGAACAUAUACCUGAGAAUGAAGGAACGUUUGUACGAUGGUUGCAAAAAGUGUUAUCACAAACAAAAAUAUGGCCAUCGCUUUUUGGAGGUUGCCACCUAGAUAUCGAUCCUAUUGUGGAUAUUAAAGAUGUUGGUUUUCAUCAUGUUACGUGGGAUAUAUUUACUCUUGACGGUUACGUAUCCCAUCCUUUUCAUUUGAUUCUUUCAAGGCAACAUAUAUUGGGCGUAGCGAUUCGAUAGUUAAACUUAACAAAAUGAAAAAAUUACAAAUAUUUACAUAUAUAUAAAAUAAAAGCAUGCAUAUAUUAACAAAUUGAUAACGCAUGGAAGCAAAGAUAGAAUUAAUUACUAAAAUGAAAUUAGCAUAUGUAAGUACACUGUAUUCAAGCAAGUGUACCUACAUACUUAUAAUAUCAAUGAAUUCAUAAAUAAAAUGUUAUUCAUUUA